GCUAACAGAUUUGAAUGUUUCCUUUCCCCAAGAAGAAACAAAUGCUCAGGUUGCAGCAAAACUGAAUUUGCUUGUAUCAGAAAAUAAAUAUUCAUUAGGAGAGCUUAUUGCUCCACAAACUUUCUCCAAACUUGUUGUAAGAAACAAUGAAAUAGAAACUGAAACUUUUUCUAUAGAUGGCAGAGUACAUCCACUAAAAGUAAUUAGAGAUAGCAUAACAAAAAAUCAUUGGAUUUAUAUGAGGGUUAAAACUGAUGAAGAGUAUGAAAAAAUGUCGCGUAUAUCAAUUAUUAACUAUCUAAAAAGGAUUAAUGAAAUGCAAGAAGUUGACCAAGACGAAGAAACCAAUAACUUAAAAAUUAGAUUAAAAAAAUUUGAACGAAAAAGACAUUUUAUGUGGUGGCAUGAUACUUCAACUAUAAGCAACCAUAGUCACGUCUUAAUGACAAUUUCAACUUUAUUUGAUCCUGCAAUUCAUUAUACAUCUGAAGAAUAUCAACAAAAGUAUAACAAAACCAUUCAAGCGGUUGUUGAAGCUCCUAUAUGGUAUAUCUUUGGGAGAUGUUCAGCUACUGAUGAAACGCUUGUUUAUUCAGAACAAAGAUUGAAUGAUAUUAUUCAGAUGAAAGACCCUAUUAAGAAUAGUGAAAUUGAAAUUUAUGAUGAAAUGAGAUUUUUUAAAGGUGAUGGUCCUUCAGCCCAAUUUGAAGCAGGUCAGCAAAAAGAAGGUAAUUAUGUAUGCUGGAUUUGUGACAUUAAUGUCGUUGAGCAUUCUAAUUAUUCCUGUUUAUUAAAUAGAGCUUGCAUAAAUUUACAAGAUCGACAAGAUAAAGUCCUUUUUACGGAACAGUCAAGGAAAAAAAGUCACGAUAAAAUAAAAAAACUUUAUUCAUAUCUAACAAAAAAAGAAAUAAUAGUUGAAUUAAAUCAGCAAAAUGUAAACUUUACCAAAAAUGAAUCAAAGCAAUUAUUAGAUUUAAAAUUAACAAAAACCAUGCAUGGUAUUCAAAGAGUUCCAAGUCUUAUAUUUUAUCAGCCUGAUAUCAGUUUACCAAAAAAUGGUUUAUCAAAAUAUGAGUUACUAAUGGAACCUCUUCAUGAUGUUUUUAAUCAUAUAAAAAAUCUUCUUAGAGAACUACCCCACCAUUUCGAUAAAAAAGCGAAAACAGAAAUUGAAUCAAUUAUUGAACUUUCAUUUGAAGGAAAAGAUGUAAAAAGAGCUGUUGACUACAGAUCAUGCAUAAUAAAAACAUCAAUAUAUUUUCAGCAGAAAUUUCCCUAAAAUCCUUUGACAGAUAUUUUUAUUACGAUGUGCCAAAUUCAAGAAAUAUUAAAAAACAAUUGGAGAAGAACCGGUGUUGUCGGCCCCCUUGUGAAUUUGUAAAAAAAAAGAGUCAGAAUUUGGAUUUUUUUUUGUAUUUUAGACUUGCCCGAGUCGUUUACUAAAAGACACACAAUGCACUAGUUGUUAGUGCUCUACUCGAACUAUAUAUGCAAAUAAUGUGUAAAUGCGUGACACGAUUUUAUUUAAAUUUAUUUUUACUUAAAAUUAUAUUUGAAAAGAUAAUUGUAUCUUGAUAGGC